AUGAGGGCACUCUCCGCUGAGCUCGUGAGCCUCGCCACCUCCUGUGGCCUGCCGGAGCACCUCCUCGGCUACUUGAAGGAUCGGCAGAUCUUGUCCGCCGGAUUGCUGGCGGCUAUGGCCGACACUUACAAAGAAGUGGACGAGAUGCUCUACGUCCCGCUGAGGGAUGGAGUGACCGUGGAAGGUCAUAUGAAUGGCAGAUCUCCCAAGACGAAGGACACGUUGUCCGAGCGGCCCUGCGCUUCCUCUGGCAGCGGUGUCGCGCACAGGCACAACAAGAUGGCCACCCAGGGAGCUCAAUGGGUCAGCCGGCGGGAACCCGGCCUGGUGGCCUCCGAACCGGCCCCGUCAAAGGCGGUACCCGCCGUGCCGCGGGAAAUUCCCCCAGCCGAACUCCAGAAGCUUCUGAAGUUCUACAGUGACACCCAAAUCGCGGGCCGCAACCGUGACUUUCCGAUGAAAGCACUGGUCGGCGCCGAAAAGGUGAUGGCCCGCAUCUGGCACGAGAAGUGGAUCUCAUCUCAAUUCACCCCGACACAGCUCCACGAACUGCUCGAAGCCAGGUGCUUCGAUUCCUCCGGCUCGUUGAACACGCUCAACAAAGAGAUGAAACAAAAGCAGCAGAGCCGACUGACGGUCGAUGAAGAGCAGAACGCGAUCGUGAUCGAGGAGGAGCAGCAGUGGAGCCCCAAGGGGUUGCUGGGCUUGAUGGACGCCUUGGAGGCCAUUGAGCUCUGUUGGAUCCUAUGCCAGCUGGGGCAUGAACUAGAUGUGAAGGAAUACAUCAGCUGGUGGAGGCAACUCUUCAGGUCGAGGCCGGGCAAAAUAGAGCAAAUCAAAGCCUAUUGGACCGAUGCCCGCUGGAAAGUCGCGCUGUCCAUGCGCCAGGGAUACCCUUUCGACCAGGCCAUGCAGCAGAUCAUCGACGACGCGGCAGCACUUCAGGCCGCCUUGAUGAAGGAGUUGGGCACGACCAAGCCUCCACCCAAGAAACCACAGAGCCGGCCACAACACCAGAAGGGCAAGGGCUAUGGCAAGUCCGACAGGGCGGAGACCUCCACUUGGACAUCAUCACAGUCCUCUCAAGAUCGCCCUUGGAAACGGGAGUGGCCGCAAUGGAAGUCGCAGGACGGCUGGCAGCCACAACCUGUGCACAAGUCCUGGCUCAUCCUCUGUGUCUUCGACGGCUGCGGCACCGCGCACGCAGCUGCCGACAUCGUGUUGGGACACCGCCACAUCUGGCACCGAAUCUCAUGGGAGAUCGACGAAGCCUGCACGACGAUCUCGUCGACGCACUGGCCAGACAUCGAGCACAGGGGCGACAUUUUCGCCGACUCGCAGGAGGCCCUCCGAGACCGGAUCAAUGACAUCGAUCCCAACUGCGAGUGUGCAAUCCUUCUGGCUGCAGCCCCACCAUGCCCAGAUUUCAGCCGCAUCCGACCAGAUGCAGAGGGCAAAGACGGCCCCGAGGGCCAGAAGUUCGAUGGCGUGCUGCGGUGGUUCGCUGACCCGAACUUCAUCUUCGGCCAGAGGAAGCUGCUGCGCAUGAUAGAGAACGUGAUCAUGGGCCGCAAAGCCGAUCUCCGAGAACUCGUGACACCAAGCAUCCUCCUGAAGGAGCGGAUGCACCACCUGGCAGAUGACUUCACGGCGCCCGCCAAGGACGAACGGGCACGCCACAAGGUGGUGGCGAACGGCUGGCAUUUGGGCACGGCCGUCAUCGUCAUGCUCCUUCUGACCUGCUUCCCAGCGGCCGAGGCGAAUGUCCAAGUGGGAGUCGACCUGCAGCCAUUAGGCCACAGUGCCAUGGACAUCAUGACAUCCAUCUGGCAGUCCGGACCCUUGGCCACAGGACAGCCACCGGACCAACCAAGAGAUCACUGGAUGACCCAGUGCAAGUGCCUCCAAGAGCAUUGGCAGCACAGCUACACAAGACGCCACCCAGCAGCAGUGGCCGACCUGCUCGAACCGGGCCUUCAACAGACCAUCCAGCUGUGGUUGCACUGGCACCCUUGCUUGCCAGAACUCCGGGAGAAGUUGAUGAAAGAGAUCUCAGCACAGGCCGCUGACCUGGACGAUGACCUUCAGGACUGGCAUCAGGCCCGGGCCGAAAACAUCCGAAUCGUGCUCGACCCCAACGGCCCAAACAGAAUCCACUUUCCACUGUUGUCAAAUCUCCUGAAACGACUCGGGUGGGAAGACCCGAAACUCCUGGACGAGAUCCAGUCUGGAUUCUCCGUCCUGGGAAAGAUGAACCCGGGUCUGGGAUGGACCAAACGGGAGGACAUGAAAUACGCACAGCCGUUGCACCAAACGAAACCAGACAAGCAUUGGAAAGAACUCCUGAAUGAGAUUUCCACUGACAUCAGCAAGAACCGGAUGAUCGGACCCCUCACCGCACCACCAUCGUGGGGCAUCCGCACAAUCCCCUCGGUGCACCACCCCAACACACAACACCGGCUUCAGGGACCUGAGUGCCACGUCCCGACUAGUUUUGCAUUUUCGGUCGAGCAGACCGGGGCAGACGGCCUCACGAAGGUGAGGCGUUGUGAAGACUGGAAACGAAGCAGACACAAUGACACAGUCGAGGGAGAGGACAUCCCGCCGACACACAGGGUCAACACCUUCAUAGCGGUGGCCAAUAUAUGA